GUCUGGGCCCGCAGUACCCGGUACUUUAGGAUCUGCGCUUGGCGCUGCGUUUUCCGCCAUCAGCUAGUGACACGCGCCCGCUUUUGAUUGUAACUCUACCACCCCGCCGAGGCUACGCAAGCAAAACCGCCCGUCAAACAGCACCCAUCCAAUCACCGCAUCGCUCCAGAGCCACUUCCUGCCAUUGCGCAUUGUUGCAGCCUCCGACCAGUGGCUGGCUCCCGUCCCGUCCUGCUUGUCAACCUGCGCUGCAUCUGUCUGUACCUCUAGUGGACACCUCUACGAACCUUACAUCAGAACUGGCCUUUUGCUAAAGUCUGUCUGUCCUUCGACCCCAUUGGCAUUCAAACUUGGCGACAUCUCGAAAAGAGCUACCGACCUAGAGACUCUCGUCGUCAGCUCACAACCCUGCGGCGCACGACGACGAGCUGCCCUGUUGAUGAUCGCCAUCCGCCCAUCUCGGAGCUCACCCGCGAGCCGCCGGUCGCCCAGCUUUCCUCUCGAUUCUGGAUCCUACUCCGUCACCAACCCAUAAACAACCACAUCGUCGCGAAACCGCCAUUACGAUAUGAUAUCCGCGACGGAUAUUGCGGGAACGGCCUUGCGCCUUGUCCAACGUGCCACCGAAGAGGGCGACCCUGAAGGCUCCGAUGGCUCACAGAAGGAGAUCUUCGCCGCAUGGGCGCUAUUCAUUUCCAUCAUGCUACUCAUCACAGCCUUCUUGACGAGCUACUUCCUCCAAGAGCGGAAGAUCGAGGCCGUCCACGAGACGGUCAUCUCAAUCUUUGCAGGAAUGACCGUGGGGCUGCUCUUGCUCGUGACCUCUGGCGAUUCGAUCCGAAACCUCAUUAGCUUCGACUACCAAAUCUUCUUCAACCUACUACUACCACCGAUCAUCCUCGCCUCCGGUUACGAAUUACAUCAGGCCAAUUUCUUUAGGAAUAUGGGUACCAUCCUGACGUUCGCUUUCGCCGGAACCUUUCUUUCAGCUGUCGUCAUCGGCCUCAUUCUAUGGCUCUAUGCGUUGACCGGAGUCGAGUCCAUAAGCAUGUCCUUCGUCGACGCCAUCUCUGUGGGCGCGACCCUGUCGGCCACCGAUCCCGUCACCAUCUUGGCCAUCUUCAACUCAUACAAGGUGGACCCCAAGUUGUAUACCAUCAUCUUUGGCGAAUCGAUCCUCAACGACGCCAUUGCUAUUGUUAUAUUCGAGACGGCGCAAAAGUACAAGAAAGGCGAUGCCUCCAAGCUCGGCGUUUUGAGCUUCUUCGAGGGUAUCGGCAUCUUCUUGAUCGUCUUCUUUGGAAGCUUGUUGAUUGGUGUGCUCGUUGGAGUUAUGACGGCAUUGCUUUUGAAACUCACCUACAUUCGACGAUACCCCAAGAACGAGAGUUGUCUGGUUGUAUUGAUCGCGUAUGCUACCUACUUCUUCUCGCAUGGCAUCCACAUGUCUGGCAUUGUCUCAUUGCUAUUCUGCGGUAUAACGCUAAAACAUUACGCUUAUUUCAACAUGUCCCGUCGGACCCAGCUUACGACCAAGUUCAUCUUCCAGAUCCUUGCGCAGCUGUCAGAGAACUUCAUCUUCAUUUAUCUCGGUCUAGCGCUGUUCACAGAUAAUGCGCUGCAGUUCCGACCGCUGCUGAUCAUCAUUACUGUUUGCGCUGUUUGCGCUGCUCGCUGGGUAGCGGUAUUCCCCCUAUCUCGCCUCAUCAAUUGGGUCAUUCGCUACAGGGCUCGCCGAAGGGGCGGAGGAGAGGUGAGCGAUGAGUUGCCCUACAACUAUCAGGCGAUGCUUUUCUGGGCUGGUUUGCGUGGAGCUGUCGGUGUCGCUCUUGCUGCACUUCUUACUGGCGAAAACUCUUACGCGCUCAAAGCCACCGUCCUAGUGGUUGUGGUGCUAACGGUCAUCAUCUUUGGCGGCACGACGGCACGUAUGCUGGAGAUCCAAGGAAUCCGCACCGGGGUCGUCGAUGAAAUUGACAGUGACGACGAAUUCGACAUUGAGUCGUUUAACGGCGGACAAUAUGUUAAGCGCAAUAGCACCGGCAUCGGAUAUAAUCCUAGGCGGAACGGCAGCCUGUCGCUGGACAACAUCUCCUCGCGCAACGGCGCUCGGCCAACGGUGGGAUCAGAACGCAGCAGCUAUGUCUCGGGCUCGCACUCACCGAACCCGGUCAAGAGACAAUCGAGUCUCAGUCGCAAGAACUCUGAGAUCGAGAGGUCUGAUCUGCUGGGACGGAGCGGCAACACGACGGACUCGGACCUAGGGAGCGAUAUCGACACGUCGGACCUCCCGCCCCCAGCCCGUCGGGACCCGCGCCGCACAAGCCCGAUGGUCACGCCUGGAGCCUCGCAGGCGACCGGGUCUUCUGCCGGUGGUCUCCUUGCGCAGACCGAGCCUGCCGCCGGAACUUCGGUGGCGCCUCACCAUGUUUCAGCGACGACUGCCAUCAGACAGCUCUUUAGCCACGGGGCCGAGGACGCGGCGGGUCUGUUCAGGCAGCUGGACGAGGAUUACAUCAAGCCGACGUUACUGCUCGACGGCAACACCCGCGGCAAUGGCUCUGGCUCCGGGCCGGGUGCGGUCUAGGCCUAGUGGUCCGUCGGUUAAUGGCGUGUGGCUUUCGUUUCCAUAGUCAUUUCUUUCUCUGUACAUGUCAUUAAGGGAAGGGAAGGGCGGGCUUGCUGGGUUUUAUAUUUUCUGUUGCUGUUAGACACGUGGUCAUGUAUCGCACGCACACACGCACUCCGAGGCGAGGCCAGGAAGUGUAUAGUCGCAUUCAAACGGGCGUUUUGGGCGCAUAAUUUUAUAGAGAGCUUGGCCGCAGGUAGCUUGCGGCCAUGAGAAAUUUCAACUGGCA